CAAAAGUAACAGUAUGGUCAUGUUUUGCACAUAAGAAUAAUACAGCGGAUGAUGAAGACGUAUGGGCUGCAAAUGAUUGGGUUAAUCCAUUUGCAUGGGGACAAGAUGAAAUCGGUUUAAUAAUUACGAGUCCAAUUAGUUUCCAGAAAGCAAGUCAAAUGACACCAGCUGGACGUCUCUAUGAUGCCAUCAUGCAUUUAGCAUUUGUUGUAAAUUAUCGGAUGACUCCUGAGGUACAUGAACAUGUCUCACCUAUUGAUCAUCCAGAUGUAUGGAUAGAGGCAUUGAGAACGUAUUGUAAUGAAAAAAUAUUUAAACCAGUAAAAUUAAUGUUAGAACAAUCGGAAGGUCAUCUACCAUUUCCAUUGACAUCAGAUAUUUAUUUGGUUAAAUAUAAUCCAACACAAAUGGAAUGGAUUCGUUUGGAUGUAUGGAAAGUUAUACGUGAACUGAAGAUUUGA